CGCGAUAACAGACAGGGCAGAGAUGUACCACUCCCUAUGUUUCGGCCUUAUCACUAAAUUUUGGAAUACAUUUUCGUGGAGAAAUCUUCGAUUAUUCGCAUGAAUUUGGCCGGUAGAUUACUAGGGAAGCUACAGUGUAUAUAAAAACUAUAUACAGGUCCAGGUUGGUUUAUUCCAAGGCCAUCCUGUUGAUCAUUUCUUUUUUUUAUUAGGUUCAUAUUUUAUUUAGGUAAAAAUGGCGACUGAAUUAGAACAUCUACGGCAUGAAGGCGAGACCUUAAAAAACCAAAUCAGGGAUGCUAGGAAGGCUGUACAAGAUACCACAUUGAUGCAAGUCACACAGAAUAUGGAUCCAGUUGGAAGAAUUCAAAUGAGAACUCGUCGCACACUUCGGGGUCAUUUGGCAAAAAUAUACGCCAUGCAUUGGGGAACAGAUUCAAGUGCAAGAAACCUAGUCAGUGCAUCACAGGAUGGAAAAUUGAUAGUCUGGGAUUCAUACACAACUAAUAAGGUGCAUGCAAUUCCAUUAAGGUCUAGCUGGGUGAUGACCUGUGCCUAUGCUCCAACCGGUAGUUUUGUGGCCUGUGGAGGUCUUGACAACAUAUGUUCAAUCUAUAGCCUGAAGACCAGAGAAGGCAAUGUUCGUGUUAGCAGAGAACUCCCAGGACAUACCGGUUACCUAUCAUGCUGCCGAUUUAUUGAUGACAAUCAAAUAGUAACUAGUUCAGGUGAUAUGUCAUGUGGCCUUUGGGACAUAGAAACCGGACAACAGACCACAGGCUUCACGGGUCACACAGGUGAUGUAAUGAGCCUCUCCCUUUCGCCGGACAACCGGACCUUCGUCUCUGGAGCCUGCGACGCCUCAGCCAAACUCUGGGACAUCCGGGAAGGCAUGUGCAAACAAACAUUCACAGGCCACGAGUCAGAUAUCAACGCUGUAACAUUUUUCCCUAAUGGAUAUGCAUUUGCCACUGGGUCAGACGAUGCGACCUGCCGCCUAUUUGACAUCCGCGCUGACCAAGAACUCAUACUAUACUCACAUGACAACAUCAUCUGCGGGAUCACGUCGGUAGCAUUCUCAAAGAGCGGCAGGCUGCUGCUAGCUGGAUAUGAUGAUUUCAAUUGCAAUGUUUGGGAUUCCAUGAAGGGUGAACGAGCUGGUGUACUUGCUGGCCACGACAACAGAGUGAGUUGCUUGGGUGUGACGGAAGACGGUAUGGCAGUAGCAACAGGAUCUUGGGACAGCUUCCUCAAAGUGUGGAACUGAGGAAGGAUAACUGGUGGGGAAGCCACCAACUAUCACCUAGAAAACAAAAAACCCUAGCAGAGUUUGUGAGAAUAUUUAACAAACAAACACUUUUUAAAAGACAUGUGGAAUGCUAUGUAUCACCACCUUCAAAAAAAAAGUUAUCUCCAGCAGGCAUCUUUAAAGAAAAAAAGAAAAGUUUGAAUCACUUAUACACGUAGUGUUAAACGAGACUCUGAAAAUGGAAAAGAAUUCACCCUGUAAUCUUGAUUUAAUAAUUAUUCAUAUUCUUGAUGAGUGUGAGAGAGGUUUUAAAAACUAGACAUUCUCGGCAAAAUUUGCAUCAUGUUUUUUUUUCAAGAUUUUAAACCUUUUUUUUUCUUUUUCGUUUUGUUAGGUUGUUUUCAAAAUAAUGUAGUAGUGUAGCGACAUGUUACAUGUGACGUCAGCUUACGAAAAAAAAAUUAUACCGGUGACGGAUGUCUGUGUUCUAUCACCAAGGCAGCUAGUUAAUAGCACGUGUCGAUUUUGACGCGGUGUGUGAUUCUUCUGUGGACUAGCUUUUUUGCUACGAACAGGGGCCCAACCGAUUAUUAUUCUCUUUGUGAUUAAUUAGAUGUGAACGGGAUGGGUUUUAUUAUGCUCUGGAAGGAUAAAUCUGUUCUCAAAGAAUUAACAAGUGGGUGUGUUGUAUGGCAAAAAAAAGUAGAUGUGGAUAAUAUAUCUCUUUCUUAUUUGUGAGCGUGUGUGCGCGUGCGUAAUAUCAAUUGUGAGUAUGAGUGCGAGUUAUAAAUGAUGAAGAAAAAAAAAGCCUCUUUGUUUAUAUUAUCAUUUCCCAUCCUGCCACCAGGUUCUAUCAACUUCAUUCACCCUCUUUUUGUAUAAAGAAAAACCCACUAACUUUAUGAUGUACUGUUGGUUAGCUUAUCAGCUGUAUCUAAAAAAAAAAUUAUUGAUGAAAAAAUACAAAAAAAUACAAAAAAAAAAACUCUUUUGAGGCAUGGACUUUUGUCUUUAAUGUGUAAGAUCUUUUUAAAGAGAUGCCUAGGCCUCGUCCAUCCCUUGUAUAGAAACAGUGUAUAUUCUGACCUGUUGUAAGUGAAUAUUUAAAUUCUUUACAAUGACUAAGAGAAGAACUGUAUGUGCCUAAUUUGUGCACAUGUCAGUACUGCAAAGUAGAGUAGUUCAUGAAUUCAAUGUGAAAAAAAAUGGAAUGUUUGUUGACUGCUGGUGAUCCUUUCAGCCAAGUAGCAAUCAUUUCUAUGUUUGUCUCUUGCUAUUAGUAUCGCCUCCACAUGUUAUGAAAACUAAACGGUGAUCGUUUCAGCACGGUUUCGUUACAUUUCAGUUCUUUUAUUUUUCAUUUUUUUCGAAUUUCUCUAGCCUAAGCAUGCACACUAGCAAUUUUUCAAUGAAUUGUACUCCAUAGCUGAAGAGCUAUGUCAAAUAUUUGUAUAGACCACCUAACUACCACCUAGAUAUAGUCUUUGUAUGUGAAACUGGUGAACUUUCUUUUCCAUUUUUGGAAUAUGUUUUGAAAAUGCAAAUUCACAACCUUCUAGGUGGCUUUUUUUGUCUACGGAAGUUUCGUGCUCAUAUAUAUAUAUUUUUUUCUCUCUCUUUGGUUUCCGUUUUAUAUUUGUGUAUGGAAUAGUGCAAUGAUUUUGGGGUCCAACGCUAACAAAAGAAGUGAAAGAGGGGAAUAAAUGCCAAAUUAAGUUGGAACUCGAUAAGUUGUAACACAGUCGAGAGAGGAAGUGCCCUUGUUAACGGUUUCUUCCUCACAAAAAAUAGAUAAUACUACAACCCUUUUCCCCCUUGUGUGUAUAUAUAUAUUAGCUCGUGUGUCUUUUGCUUGACUAGUUUUUUUAUUUUUUAAACAAAAGCACAUGUCCUUUGCACGUAUGCAAACAGUGGCUUGUAUUAGAAAUGAAAGAAUUGCCCCCUCUAGUGGAAUGAACUUGUAGCAUGCGUUGUAUAGCGGUAGGAACAUGGUUGGAGUUAAUAGCCAUCGGGUGCCUGGAGCUAGGCUUCAUCAACUCUCUUUGAACUGCAUAAGAUCAAAUUCAGCCAAGAUCUUGGGCUCGAGUCUUUUGAUAUGCGAACAACCUGUGUUUUCUCUCGAUUAACAGGAGGUUACUCUCAUACAAAUCUGCUGAAAUUAGUAUAACCACUCUCACAGGAGGGUGUGUUCAGACAGUUGUAAAAAUCUGUUUUGAGCUUUGUUUGGAUUAGCAUGUUAAAGUAGAGUAAAGCGGAAUGGAGAUGACCAUGCCUUGGUCUAUUACGCAGGAACCACCGCAAAGUUAGGUGGGAGUAUAGAGUGUUUGAGACCGUGCUACAUAAGAUUAUUCACCCUGCCUCUAUGUAUACAAUAUAGACUUGUAUUGAUGAUGAACAUGCAGGCACCCGUCCUUUGCACUGCCGUGUGAACGGUGCAUGCAUGGGAUAAGUUGGAAAUCAGUGUGAACAGUGUGUGCUGGUCAUGUGCUCUGACAGUUCGGGCAAGCCAUUGGGGUCAAACACAUUGCACCCUAUCUUAUCCAUCACGCUAUCCUGGCCCCCUAAAGUGUUUCCAAAUCGUUACAUUGUAUCGGAGAUGAACUACUCCUUAUGGCAGCUGCAUGUCUCUCUUGUCAUUCACUCGUAAUGUUCUCUCUUUUUAUGUCAUCAUGUACACAAGCAAUCACCCACAAAGUUUUCUUUUAAUUUAAACAUCUUUUUGUGUGUUGUAGUAAGUUAUCUGAUGCACAAAUAUAUCUGUAUCUCCAAAUAAGGAAUAAGAAAUUGCCUCUUGAUCAUGGUUAUUAAUUAUUUUGCUUCUUUUGGUGGUUGGUAUUUGUAUCGGCCAUUGUGUAGAAGGUUAGUGUGUUUACUUAAAAAGAAUAAAAUUAAAUCAGCGGAUGUCAAAGCAAGGCAAUUAUUUGUACUGCUUUUCUAGCAAAUCUAUUUACAACAUUCAAUUCUUUUCUAUCUUAAUUGUGUCCUAUUAUGACCCUUCUUGAUAGAGAAAUAGUGCAUUCUAAUUGGGCUGUGAAAGGUUGUAAAUUCAACUUGUUAUAAGAAAUGCAAUUUAUUUUUUAUGUGAUCAUUGCUUUCAAAAUACUAUUCCAACAUCUGCUUUGAAAAUAUCAAUUUUGUUUUCCCCAAGCAACUGCAGUUAUCCUCGUGAGAUGUGACCAGAUGCACUCACGUUAGGGUCGCUAGAAAUCAUGUCUGAGAAUCAUGUCAUUCAAAUUUAUUCAUCUUGUAUGUAUAAAUAAGGUCAUUUCACUCUCGGCAGAAUAACUAAAAAGGUAUUCUGUUAUUUAGAAUUCACGAUGUUGUUAUAAGUAAUGGUGAAUAAGAUAAGUAGAUGUAACGACUUUUGUCAAUAUUGUAUUUUACCUGAAUCUCUCCUCUGCAAUUAAAAUUCAUGAACUUUAAAAAUUGUGACUUAAUGAUAUAUAUUCCAGUUAUCAACUUGAAGUAGUAAUAUAUAUCUUAUUUGAUGAAAAUGCAAACAAAUCUCUCCAUUUCAUUGUGAAAAAAGUCCAUCUCAUGAGUGUUAAAAAUCUACUUGACCAAAAUUUGUAUUUAUUGUGCUUGAAGGAGGGUAUGGAAUCUUUUAUGUACAAAGUAGGUAGGAAUGAUCAUUCUUAAUUUAUUUAUAUUUUUGUUAGUAGGUGUACUUUUGAUGUGUUCCCCCCCCCCCCCCCCCCCCCCCCCCGUUUUAUUUAGUGUCAAAUGCAAGGAGGGCACGGUUUGGAAAUGAAUCGGAUGAGAGAUUAAGUAGAUAUAACUGGAAGUAACUCGAUUUGAAUUUGGAUAUGCUGAUCUCGAAACAGUCUGUUGAAAUUCAAAUUUGCCUUUUAUAGAUACAAUUUAAGAUCAGAUGCAGGAUGUAGACCCUCAAAAUGAAGAAGAGUCCCUUUCACCUGUCAAAUGUUUGUUAUGAGCUUGUAAUGUACUUGCUAUACUCAUACAUCAGCUGAUAUAGCUGCACACAUUUAGAGAUCUUGCAGGUCAUCCGUACCUCUGCAUGCAUAUAAACUUGGUAUUUCUAAUCAGAUCAUGAUGGCACUCGUUCCAUUUUAAACAAAUAUAUUAUUGUCUUUAUUAUAUUUAUUAUUGAAUUAUUAUUUUGUAUUUGCCUUCGUCCUCAUGAUUCUUCUGUUAAUGUUUUUACUUUGAAGAUAACCCUUGUGUAUUGAGCAUUUUCGAAAAACACGAAAAGAGAAUUUAAAAGUAUAAUAUAUUUGUACAGUUGUUUGCUAUAUAGGUACUAUACAACCUUGGGGGUUUUCCAUUCCUUUUUCAUCGUAUACUCGGCUAGGAAUGUACAGUUUUUUCUUGCUAAUGUAUACCAUUUUUGCCAACAAAAACUAUAGAAAAAAAAACAAAAAAAAAAGAUAUGAGAGAGAAUGUUGGCUACUUAGCUAAUGAUUGUAGUUUGCUAGAUUUGUUGUUAUAUUUGAGCACUGAUAAAGCUGGAGAUGAUGAAUUUUGACAAACUAAACUAAAAAAAGGAGGAAAAAGUAAUUUUUUUUCUUGUAUCGGUAGCAAUUUACAAUGUAUGGUGUAAAAACAUCAGGCCUUUAAAGAUCUGUACGCAGGAACAGGGUGGCCAAAUUGCAGGCUUCCUAUGUUCCGACACAGAUUCUUAAGCGGCACUUUUAAUAUAAAUCACCGGAGCUACGGCUCGGCACGUAGGAAGCGCCAUGACAGCGUUAUACAUGGCAAGAUUUUGAUCUUUCUAGUCAUAUAUGUAGAGAAAUGUGGGACAUUUUUUAAUAUUAUUAUUGUAUAAUUAGCCUAUUGUAAAGUUAUUGAAUUAUGUCAAAUAAAGUGACGCUUGUUGCUCUUGCAAAGCAACGGUUGAAUAGUGUGGCUCACAAUUUUGCUCUCUUUACACAGAAAAAAAAAAUUCAUUGGUGUAUGUGUUUUUGGAAUGAAACCAAUCAUAGAAGUUUUUCAAGUCGAGUUGAAACUUAUCCUUAACCAAAUUGUGACGGUAAAGACGGGAGGCGGAAUCCUGCUCAUUUCGUAGCGAUUUGAGCAAUUUUAAACCACUGUGUAAACUAACUUGAUUGAGAUUAAGGAUGAGAGAGGGAACAUGAUUUGAGUAGAUAGCAUAAUGAUUACUAUUCAAGCGUCUUAUUUGUUUGCAGCCUGAUGUGUGAAAGUAGUGAAUGUGUUUUGUGUAUUAAAAAAAAACUGUUUGUUGGUCAUACUUGUAUAUUGUACCCCCUCAUUUCUGUAACUGUAAGAUUGUGGGUUGAGCAUAUUGAAUAAACCUGUUGUCUUUAUCAUA